AUGGGACGUAUCCGAGGACAGCCCAGCUUCACGACCGAGCAGAAGGCUUGCAUUGCCGGUAUAUUUGCAAGGGUCAUGGGCUCCGGACGAACGACGGUCUCUUCAAUUGUUUCACAAGCUCGGACUUGUGGGACCAUUGAAACUGCUGAGAAGAGCGACCAACCUCUAGCAAGCAAGACUUGA